CUGGAAAUUCUAUAAAAGGGAACCUGACAGCGACUCUGCGGUAUUUGCGUAGUCGGUGCGCGUUCAGUGUGUCUCUUCGUUACUCUGCAACAAGAAUAAUGGCGUCAAGGGGCCCAGCCGCUGACCAGCUCGUCCACUUCAAAAAAUCCGUCAAGGAUUCACCUGGUUAUAUCACCACUAAAUCUGGUGCACCAGUAGGAGUCUCAACUGCAAUUCAAACCGUUGGCAAAAAUGGACCUGCUCUCCUACAAGACACGAUUUUCCUUGAUCAAAUGUCUGCCUUUGAUAGGGAACGCAUCCCGGAGCGAGUAGUGCACGCUAAAGGAGCUGGUGCAUUCGGUUACUUUGAAGUAACACAUGACAUCACUAAAUACUCUGCUGCUAAAGUAUUCGAGAGCAUUGGCAAGAAAACACCCAUUGCUGUGCGAUUCUCCACUGUGGGUGGAGAAAGUGGAUCAGCUGACACUGUACGCGAUCCAAGAGGUUUUGCAGUUAAGUUUUACACUGAUGAUGGCAACUGGGAUCUUGUUGGCAACAACACCCCCAUCUUCUUCAUUAGAGAUGCAACUCUCUUCCCAAGCUUUAUUCACACUCAGAAAAGAAAUCCUGUUACACAUUUGAAAGAUGCUGACAUGUUCUGGGACUUCUUGACUUUGAGACCAGAAUCAAUUCAUCAGGUCCUGUACCUAUUUGGAGACAGAGGAAUUCCUGAUGGCUAUAGGCACAUGAAUGGAUAUGGCUCUCAUACCUUCAAACUGGUUAAUGCACAAGGAGUGGCUAACUGGGCGAAGUUCCAUUAUAAGACAAAUCAAGGUGUCAAAAACUUGCCAGUUGACAAGGCUGCCGAGCUUGCUUCCACAGACCCGGAUUAUUCUAUCAGAGAUCUCUAUAAUGCGAUUGGUAGAGGAGACUUCCCAUCAUGGACCUUUUACAUCCAGAUCAUGACUAUGGCUCAGGCUGAGAGCUGCAAAUUCAACCCAUUUGAUGUGACUAAGAUCUGGCCUCAUGCUGAAUACCCUCUGAUUCCAGUAGGUAAACUAGUUUUGGACAGAAACCCCAAGAAUUACUUUGCAGAGGUUGAACAAAUUGCAAUGAGCCCUGCCAAUUUGGUACCGGGCAUUGAACCUUCUCCUGAUAAGAUGUUGCAGGGACGCCUAUUCUCUUACAAUGACACUCACCGUCAUAGACUUGGGGCUAACUAUCUGCAAAUUCCUGUGAACUGUCCUUAUCGUACAACUGUUUCCAACUACCAACGCGAUGGACCUCAAAACAUUCAGAACCAAGAGGGUAGUCCUAACUAUUUCCCCAACUCAUUCUCUGGUCCACAAGAAUGUCCAAGGGCCCAGCGUUUGCAGCCAAGGUACAAUGUUAGUGGAGACGUCGAUCGGUAUGAUAGCGGUCAAACUGAAGACAAUUUCUCGCAGGCUGCUGUACUUUACAAAUCAGUUUUCAGUGAUGAAGAGAAACAACGCACAGUCAACAACAUUGUUGGAAAUCUCAAAGAUGCGGCUGCGUUCAUACAGGAGAGGGCGAUUAAAAUCUUCACCCAAGUAAACCCUGAUUUUGGUAGCAAGGUUGCUGCUGGCUUGGCUCCUUACAAGAAAUAUCACGCCAACUUGUAGUGUCCACUGGGUGCUAUUUUUAAUUUUAUUUAGGUAUGAAAAUAAGCGUAAAUGAUAUAAUUUUGUUACGAUCCUUUGGGUACAAUCGGUUUUUAUACUUUGGAAGCAAGUUUUUAAGAAGCACUACCAUAAUAAAUGAACUAUAAUUUA